AUGCAAGAUCCAGUUCAGCACAAUCGAAGGUGGUACUAUCCUUACGUGGGCUAUGUCACAUUGUGUGGCAGAUGGGGGGGAAACAAUGAGCUGAUGCGGGUGCUAAGUGAAGCAACGAAGAUCGCGCAGGAGCGGACUACGGACGACGUGCUGGCCCUGGCUGCCGCGUCGACACAAUUAGGCCUGGACCGCAGCAUUAUGCGGAACAUGUCCAGUGAGAUCCCGUUCAAGCUAGGAGACCAUCCAGGAUAUAUGACGAACGCGCCAAAACAGCCCCCCAGCCACCCGUUCGAGGCUCCAUCGGCAGAGGUACCAAUCAGCUUCUAUAUCCCUGCGACUGGGGUGGCCCAGCUGAAAGCAGAUGCAACACAGCCGGGAGCACCGCCGAUUUCCACACACGAUGCAAUCUGCGCCCUCAUAUGGCGAAGUCUCAUCCUUGUACGCAGGGAACGCUCUGCCGCAGCGAGGGCCCUCCCCGGGUCCACAAAGACCAACCUUUUCAUGCCCUCGGACGCCCGUCGCCACCUUGACCUCCCGCAAUCGUACAUCGGCAACGCCGUCUACCAACUCUCCGUCUCACUCGACCUGGGCAAGCUCCUCGACCCGCGUUCCGGCCUGCAGGAAGCUGCCGGCGCAGUCCGCCACGCCAUCACGGUCGUCAAUCCCACUCUCGUGCGCAGCAUCAUGGCCGAGACGAACAAGAGGUGGGUGGACUGGGCGUUUCUGGGCAGUUACUCGUCGACCGGAGUGGCCAUGGGGACGGAUUGGACGAGCUCACCGCUGUAUGACCAGGACUGGGGGACGGUAUUCGGUGGAGUACCAGUUAGGUACAGAUACCCCGGUGAGCCGGGGCUCAAUUGUGUUAUGCCCAAGCUACCAGACGGAGCGGCAGAGGUGAUAGUGAGCGUGAUGGAGAACGAAGUGGACAAGCUGAGCAGCGAAGAUUGUUUCGGGAAGUAUAUCGAGCGGCAGUAG